AUGCGAGUUCAAAUGCACCCAGUAGCAAGCACCCAAGAGAAGAACACUAUUGUGAUGCUUUUGUUUUGCGAUGACAUUGAAUUGGCCAAUCCACUAGGCAUGAAAAGAGGUCGCAGAGACUUCAUUGCCACUCUAAAUUUACUUCACAGAGGCUGCACGUUAAAAACUGUAUGUGGUGAAAAGCUCUUUUUUGGUUUUUUGCUUGCCUAUAUUGGAGACGCAUUGGCAUGUCACAAUAUAGCAGGCUUUAAGGAAAGCUUCAGCAAAAAUGUUCGCCUUGCUUUUCGAACUUGCACAGUACCCACAUCUGAAUUUCAUAAUUUUCACUAUGAAAUUCAAUGUCCACUACGUACAGAGUCUCAAUAUGAAGAGAACCUUAGGGCAAUUGAGGCAGCUAGCUCAAAGAAAGACCGUACUGAAUUGUCAGCACAGUGCGGGAUUAAGUCAAAAUCAGUCCUCGCAGAAAUUCCUAAUUUCUCAAUACUCACGGACUUGCUGUAUGACCCUAUGCACAUUUUGUUGGAGGGAGUCAUUCCUCUGGAGUUGCCACUUUUCAGUAAGUUCAUUGUAAGGGAGGCAGCAUGGAUGACCUUAAGCCAGCUUAACACUGCCUUGUCUCGGUUCUGCUUUCAUAGGCAAGUGAGUAAGAGUGACUAUCCUCGCAGCUUUGAAUCCGACUUCAGUUUUCCAUUUGCAGCAAGCUCCAGUUUAAUACUCCAUCUUCAUUUUCUUUUUAUUAUUGAUGAAUAUCUGCCUGAAGAGGCUACGGAAGAACCACAUUGUGAAUGUUUUGUGCUGCUUUGCAUCAUCACACAGUUAUUUCUUUCUCCUGCUAUCUCCCCAGAUGCACUUGGAGACAUUGAGUGCCUAGUAGCACGCCAUAAUGAGCUUUUUGUGCAGCUGUAUGGUUCCAGCUCAUUUAAACCGAAAUUGCACAUGCUGGUGCACAUGGUCACUCAGAUACGGCGCUUCGGUCCUUCCCAUCAUCAUUGGACAAUGAGAUUCGAAAGUAAAAACGCUCUUCCAAAGUCGAAGAAGUUCUGGAAUUUCAAAAAUAUUCCAUUAUCUGUCGCAAAUUACUUUCAGAUGAAAAUGUCAAGUGACCUGUGGUUAGGACCAGGGCAGCCUAAGCUGAGCUUUGCACAAUGUGACACUGCACCAGCAGCCGGUGUACCAGUCAGCUUAACAUCUGAUUUUUUGCCAUGUGGACUGCAGCCUAAUGCUGUUGGUCAAACUGUUAUGUCCGUACGUUCUGCCUUUAUCUCUGGUGUCAAGAUCUCUAUUUCUGAUGUGGUUGUGUUUGAACAAAAUGACCAUGCAAUGUUUGGAGAAAUAGAAACAAUUGUACCUUGGCAAGACAAGAUUUUCAUCGCUGUUCUGGUUCUGGUCAAAGUGAGCUAUUCAAAGCGACUGAAUGCAUGUAUUCUUCUCAAGACACCACACGCCAUAGUGAUUAAACCUGACGAUCUUUUGUAUCCUUGGCCACUGUAUACAUAUGCUAAAAAUGAGGCUUUUUAUGCUAUUACAAAAUGUAUUCAUGAGUCACCUCUGUAGUGAUGCCUGCUGUUUUUUAGCGAUUUUUUUUUAAGCCGAAGCUUCUGUCGAAGUGAGAUUUAACGUGAGUUUAUUUGCUUUCUUUAUGCGAAUUUUCAACUUUUUUUGUGUGCGGCUAGCACUGAUAUAAUAUGGCCUUAGAUUCUAAAGUGCUUUGUACACCGUUCAACAGCGCUCUUUGUGAUGCAUAUAUGCUACGAUACCUGCUAACCGCUUACGAUAAUAGUGCCUUUACAUUAUGGACGUAAUUUAUAUCACAGCUUUUUAUUG